AAAAAAAAAAAAAGAACAAGGGACGUCUAUGCGACGGCGUAGGGUGCGCGUGUAUCGCCGCCUCAAACAGGAGCCGCUAUGUUUUGUCAUCAGGCCUGACCUGGCUGGAAGCCAUAAUCUCCGCGGACAUGACAUAUUCGCCGCGAAGAUCACGGCGAGGUGCUACGCGGGAAGGGAAAUCAUAAACAAUGUUGCGGCCGCCUUGCCCUGGCCGUUUCUGCCUCCUUCCGGCUUCCUUUCGAGCCAGGUCGGCAAGGAACACAUUGACUGUGGCCGGCUUCGUACUCUCUUUCAGCCCACAUUGACUGUGGUUUCGACUAUCUUUUUGUAAUUCAUUCCUUUUGAGCAGCGCCUGACCUGCUUUGUUUCCAUCUUUUCUCCUGUCAAAAUGAAAGCAGCCGUGUUGUUUACCGUGGGCCUCCUGGCCGGCGUCUGUGGCGCACAGCAAAAACCUAUCUGCGCGGCCGAGUUCGAGGUGUUUCCCUUUGUAAACCCUAAACCCACAGAUCGCCGCAGCUCCUGUCCGAUCCUCAACGCGCUCGCCAACCAUGGCUUCCUCCCGCGCGACGGGCUCAACAUUUCGCGCGAGCAGAUGCUGGAGGGCAUGCAGAGGGGCCUCGGCCUGAACACGACAGGGCCCCUCCAGAACACGACCGCCCGCGGUCUCACCAUGUCGAGCACGGGGAACCCCAACACGCUGCACCUCGACGACAUUGACAAGCACGGAGUGAUCGAGCGCGACGCCAGCCUGAGCCGCCAGGACAUCGGCGUGGGCGACCCCAAGCCCUUCAACCCGACAAUCUGGGCCUCGGCGCUGGCAUGGCUGCCCGACGACGUCGUGUCGGUCGAGCAGAUGUCGCGCGCCAUGGCCCAGCGCAUCGUGGCCGCCAACGCGUCCAACCCAAAGUUCAACCUGACCAAGGCCCAGGAGGCCGUGGCCGUCAACGCCUGGGGGCUCACGCUGCUCAUGUUUGGCAACGGCGCCGAAAACAACGCGACCAAGCAGCACAUCCGGGUGCUCUUUGAGGAGGAGCGGCUCCCAUUUGCCGAGGGGUGGCGUCAGUCGAACCCCCUGGUCCAGGCCUCGCAGUCGGCCGAGAUAAACAAGAAGAUCGCCGCGGCUAUGCCGCAACAGCGACAAGGUUGUCCAAUGGGCAUGGCUUGAUGGCCAUAGCUCACUGCUGGAGGUCCAUGGCGGGCUGUGGCGUAAGUAGUUUUUCCAUAAAAGAAAUUGAUAAUAGCAGCCUGGCCUUGGGACUCCAUUCUCCGAUUCAAAAGUCACGCCCCGUGCAGCAUUUAUAUGAGCCAUUGGGGCUGAUUUUCGGCUCUGCGGCGUUCACAAGUAGCUGUGCUCAUGUAGGCGGAGGCUAUCAAAUGGGACUUCAAACAUGCGACAGGAUGGACAAUGUUGAUAAAACAACCCAGAUUUACACCUACUAUGCCAUGUACGCCGAACGCCAUUGUAAACGAACGCUUAUUGCCAUGUCG